UAAUAUGACCACUAGCUGUGCCAGAUGGAUGUAAAGCAGUGUAAAGAUAUUGACUAAGCUAUUUGCUAACAUCUGCAUGGUGAUGAUGAAGUGCUCUUGCAUGCAUCUCCUCAUGGUGCUAGCCACCAUUCAAGCUCUCUAUGGGACAGUGCUCAUGCAAGGUGAUUGCAGAUUCCGCUACAUAAAUGAGCCUGGACCCACCACACAGAGCUGCAACAUUAUCGGGUCUGGAGUUAAUAUAACCUGUUACGUUGAAGGAGAUUCAUUUGUGCAUAUUCAGUGGCACUUUUCUUCUGACCCUUCUGUAAUUGGUGUGACAAACCAAAGCACUUACAUCAGUAUACCAAACUCACUAUAUAGCGUCCAAACUACAUAUCAAAUCGUUGAAAACAAUGUGAAUAUUCGUCGUGAUAAUUUCACCAUUUCCAAGGUGAAUAAUUCUACUGUUGGUUACUACUGGUGCAGUAUUAGAGGUCACUCUACUCCAAGCCAAGUGGUCCACAUUGAGCAACAGUGUAGCACCUCAGCAAUCAACUCAUGCAACUCGCCAAUUAUACCUCUUCUAUCGCAGGGCUCAAAUCGAUGUGCUAACGUUUCAAAUCAAAAUAUCUCAAUUGUGAAUGCUCAAGAUCUCCAAUGUGAUUCCAUUUCGACCCCCGCUCCUAAAACAGACUCAACCCCACUACCAUCCACUGAAGAUAAAAGCACUCCAGAAACAACUACUGUUGAAGAUAAAAGUAUUACAGAGUUGACAACCACUGUUGAAGAUAAAAGUAAUACAGAAUUGACGACUACUCUUGAAGAUAAAAGUAUUACAGAAUUAACGACUACCGAAGACAAGCCUUCUAACGCUCAGACAACGCAGCCUGCUACUGACAGUGACAUCUUUACUAUGCAAGAAACAUCCAACAUGGAGACCAUUGCCUCAACAGCGACUACCAUAGAGAGGGGUGACGGAACUUCCCAGGGUGGGGGGAGCCUACCUACUGAUAUUAUAUGGCUGGCUAUUGGCAUUGUCCUGGCUUUUCUACUUGUGGGUGUCUUCAUUCUCCUAGCUGUCAUUGCUGCACUGCAGUGCAAGAAGAGAAGAAUUAAAGGUGUCACCUCACCCACCAGUGCUGAAUCUGCCAUUGCCCUGAGGGACAUUGAUGGUCAAUUGGACAAGAAAACAGAGGCCAACUUGGAACCACUGUACGCAGAGAUACCAGCUGCAGUGCCUGGCAGUCUGAUCAGAUUAGGGAUACCUAACCCCCUCCUCAUAAGCUCUAGUACGUCCAAUACAAUGACGAGAGAUGAUCACAUGAUGCCGUUAUCCCCUGGAUCUGGUCAAUAUGUAGACAUGUCAGUGCAGCUAGCGCUUCGUCCACCCGUGACCUCUCCCCCGAGUGGCUAUUACGAAACAGUUACACCAGACACAUUCGAACAUGGCAGAAGUGGCCAACGACCUUCAAAUUCAAGCAUGCCCAAUUUGCCCCCCGUACUGGACACAAGUGAUGGUGUUUUUGAUGAUCCUAAGUAUGACAUUAUAGACUCAUCUCCUCCUACAACAAAGAAACAUUCAAAAGUGCUAGUAUCGCUAUCAGCACCUCAAGAAGAGCACAACCAUUUGGAAACCGAUGGAAACGACUAUAAACAGAUAUUGAGUGAAUUCACAGGCAAAAACGAGAUCAGUCGCAAACUUAGCUAUGAUUCUCACACUUACACUCCGGUUCAGCCCACUCAGUCGAAAGGGAGUGACUAUACAUUUGCUAUUGUGAGUACAGAAGAAAAUUAUAUCAGUGAGCAAGGACAUUUGUAUCAUAUUUUGGAGUCGUCCACUCAGUCGCAAAGGGAAGGAUCAAAUUCACCGAACGUGAAGCAAAGUGUAAGUCCUGUUUCAAAUCCUGAUGAUUGUGUUUUCGAUGAGCCUUCGGAAAAUUCGACUGUAGUUGUGAAUUAAUUGAACUGCAUAUAUGGUUACAAUGAGAACCUUGUGAUCUUCUCACGUACAAUUAGUAAAAUUGUGUUGUAGUAUAAUUAUCUUAAUUGUGUUUGUACAAUAUAUCAUUUACUUUUGCCUUAUUGUAUUACCAUUGAAGAAUUACUUAUUAAGGACUUCAA